AUGACGUCCCGCGCCGCCGACGACGACGUCGACGAGAUGGAACAGAUCCUCGACAACGUCAGGGUCGCGGACGCGAACGACGCCGGCGACGACGACGACGCCUCGCUCAGCUCCUCGAUCAGCAGCGGCAACAGCGACGACGACCUCCGCGCCAAAGCCAAGGAAAAGGCCCGGAAGCGCGCGGCGGCGGCGCACAGGGAGCUCAUCGACGGCGUGCGCGACACGCAGGCGGGCAAGAUGGUCCACCACGCCGCGAAGACCCUCAGCACGUGGACGAACCUCGCGGGCCAGCGCGUGGGCAAGCUGCUCGCCCUGGCGCGCGGGUCCAAGGGCAAGGGCUGGGACCUCGACGAGCUCGAGCUCUCGCGGAUCCACGCGCUCACGCGGAAGCUCCGCAACGAGGGCAACCGCGUUCUCGAGAUUCUGCUGUCGAUGGAGGAUGACGCACGCGAGAUAGAGACGCAGCUGUACGACAUGGAGCGCGACUUCGCGGACGGGGCGCUGUCGGUGGACGACGAGUCGCUGAUUCCGGAGCUCGAGGCGCAGCUCGAGGAGGUCGAGGGCGAGCAUUCCGAGCUCGACAAGUAUUACCAAGUGUUGGAGUGUUUGAUGACGUGUGUGCAUGGGUUCCUGAACCUCAAGGGGCUGCCGAACACGAUGAACCGGAUCGGGCAGGGCGCGGAGCGGAACCGCGUGAUCGCGAUGCUGCGCGCGAUGGGCGUGGACGAGAUCCCGGGGCAGUUGAGCGGCGUCAUUCGCGGGAUGCGUGGGAAGGAGAUCGCGUCGGUGUGGGGGGACUCGUACGCGAUCGUGACGGCGAUCCAGGAGAUGGAGAAGCACGUCAGGGCGCUGGAGGAGAUUGGGCAGCUGGUGGACGACGACCUGCUGGACGAGCUCGGCGCGGCGAGCACGGAGCUCACCCACGAGGCGUACGAGCGCGCCACGCAGCGCCAGCUCGGCAGCCACCCGAUCAACGCCGACUGGUACGACGACGACGAGUACGCCGACUCGUACGCCGGCAGCCUCGACGAGGACGACGUCGAGUACGACUCGCAGUACGCCGACGAAACAUACACGGAGUACACCGACGACACCCCCGGGUACAUCCAGCAGCUGCGCGACGACGCGCGCCCGCUGCGCACCGGGCUCAAGUGGGGCCGCUCGCGGCGCGCCGCGACGACGGUGGCCUCGCACCCCGUCGACGACGUCGACGACGCGGUCUCGGAGCUCGACGGACCGACUCUCGGGUCCUCCGUCGGCGACGUCGUCCACGCGGUGCAGAAAGGCGGCAACAGAGCGCAGGAGGAACGGCGCUCCGUGCUGUCUGAAUCGAAGUCGGGCGGCGACGAGGAACGCGAGGGCGAGGGCGAGGACGAGGACGGGGCGAUUGCGGCGCUCGACGACUGGGCCAGCCGCGGCGGGCGCGCGUUCGAGGCUGCCGCGUCCGCGGCGGGCGCGGACGUGGACGCCGCGAUCGAUGACACGCUCGACGCGCUGAGCGCCGGGGCGAGCGCGUCGUCGUCGGGCAGGGACGGCCUCGUGGCGCUACCGCCCCCGCCUCCCGCGGCCGAGGACUCCUCUUUUGACGCGUACGCGUCGACGGGCGCGCUCCCGGCAACAGCGAUGAUGUCGCAUCCGCUGGACUUCGACGCCGCGUCGGUCAGCGAGGUCGCGAGCCGGAUGUCGAGCUUCGGGCCGGGAGAGCCGCGCCCGUCGCCGCGGCGGUCGCACAGCGCACGGCAGCUCCACGGCAUCGUCACGUCGCACUCUUUGCGCAGCCUUCGGCCGGACGUGAGCGGCCCGCUCGACGUGGGCGCGCGGGCGACGACGGACGACGGGCGCGCGGACGAUGACGGCGACGCCGCGGAAGCGUUCCCCGGAUUUUCGCCGCUCGUGUCGCCGGCGUUCGCCGGCCCGCAAAAGACCGUGAGGCUGUCCUCGCCGCGGCUGCCGCCGCGGCCGCCGACGCCGGACUCCACGCACGCGACGUCCGCAGGGACCGGGCUCACCUCGCACGACGUCUCGGCGCGGCUGUCCACGGGCUCAGUAACGCCGCGCUCGACGACAGGGCGCACCAGCGCGCCGUCCGAGACCCCCCCCGACGUGGGCGCCCGGCAGGCCGGCAGCGAGGUCGUCGAGAGUGUCGCGAGCGCGCGCGGCGCGUCGCUCCCGGCCACACCACGCGACCACACCGCCGUGUCCAUUGCUGUUGUUUCGUCAGCGGCCUCCGGGUCAGAGAUGGAGUUCUUCGAGCCGCUGGUCACGCCGGGGCGCGAGCUGCUCAAGCAGAUGCUGCCGGGGCAGUCCCCGGACGACGCCAAGCCGUCAUCGCCGCUCGGAUCGCAUGUGGAGCGCAAGAGCGACGCGGCGGAGGUGGCCAGUGCGCCCGACCUGGACGCCGCGGGCAUCGCGGUGGAGGUCGUCGAGGCGUCGCUGGCGGAGGCGGAGCCCGUGGGGCAAGAGCCGGAGCCGCGGACGCCCAGGAUGGACGAAGCAGGGGGGGAUGUUGCGACCGGAGGGGGGGUGUCACCGCUGACCGGGAGGCUCAAGGAGCGGAUGGACUCGGUGCGCGCGAACACCGAGAAGCGCAGCGCUCUGGCGGCGAAGCGCAUCGAGGCCCUCAGGUCGCGCGUUCCGCCCGACAGGGCCUCGCAGGAGCUCGCGGAAGGACCCGUCGGGUCGACCGCGGCCUCCGCGACGCGUCGGUCGCGCUCCUCCACGCCCCUGCGGUCCCCGUCGGGCAAGUACAGCGUCGGGCGCGCCUCCCUGACUGGACACCCCCUGGACGGCUCCGAGGUCGACCGUGCCUCCACGCGCUCCAGCCUCGCUCCCACGCCGCUGCGCAUCCAGUUCGGCGGGAGCUCGUCCCGCGAAAGCAGCGACGGCGACGGCGACGGCGACGACGCUGCCUCCCGCGACGGCAGCGCGGUCGAGCUGACGCUGCUGCCGGCUGAGGGCGAGGACGCGAGCGCGGCCGUGGGGUCGAUCUCGCUCGUCGCGCGGUCGCGAGGGAGCUCGGACCCCGCGAAAUCGCUGUCGUUCCAAAACACCCCCACGCCACUGCCUGGGGUUGAGGAGGGGUCAGUGCACGCGCCGAGCCCGGACACGAGCGCGGACGUGGCGGCGGCGGUGGCUACGCCGGCGCCGGCGGCGGCCCGUGCGGUGCCGGAUGCAGAGGCGGCCGGCGGCGGUGCCGCGAAGGCUGGCAAAAAGGGGGGGUGUUUCGGGGGGUGUUGCUGA